AUGGCUACCUAUUCCUCAUGUGUAGUUACCAAAGUUUCUUAUAUCCAUUUGUUUUUAUGUUCUUCAAUGUUGUUGUUUCCUCUGACUGAAUCAGAGUAUUUCUAUUUCGACCGUUUUCAUGCCAGUAAUACGAAUAUAACAUAUACAGGGGAUGCAGUAGCUUCUGAUGGAGCCGUACAGCUGGUAAACAAAGUCGAUUACCUCAAUCGUGUUGGUCAAGCCAUAUACGCGAAUCCAGUCCCAAUAUGGGACCAAAAAUCUGGUAAGCUUACCGAUUUCACUACUCACUUCACUUUUGUGAUCGAUACACGAGGCCAAAGCAGAUAUGGUCAAGGGUUCUGUUUCUUCCUAGCCCCGGUUGGCUUCCAAAUCCCACCCAACUCAGCAGGUGGCUUUUUAGGCCUCUUCAAUACUACAAGUUACAUGGCUUCAUUACAAAACCAAAUGAUAGUCAUCGAGUUUGAUACUUACUGGAACCAGCAAUGGGAUCCUGCAAACCAACAUGGUGAUCAUGUAGGUAUCAACAAGAACUCGCUUUCUUCUGCUAAUUACACUUCUUGGAAUGCUAGUUUACACAGUGGAGACCCUGCAGAUGCCUGGCUUUCAUACAAUUCUACAGCUCAAAUGCUAAACUUGCGGUGGAGCUAUGGUGCUGGAAAUGAUGAUGACGAUACAAAUACAAGCCUUUCAUAUCAAGUCGACCUCCGGGAAGUUCUUCCUGAGCAAGCAAUAGUCGGAUUUUCAGCAACUACUGGUUGUGAAGGAAUAAACGCGAGAAGUAUCCUUCAAAGCUGGGAGUUCAAUUCAACCUUGCAAAUGAAGGAAAAUAAUGAAGGUAGUUUCAAGGAAUACUGGGAACUAGCAGCUGGCUUAACUAUCCCUCUUAGUGUUUUAGUUGUGGCAGUAGCAUGUGUUAUAUUAUGGAAAACACAAAGACAACCUACAAAGGAGCUAGAGAAAAUUGCAUUGACAUCAAUGAACGAAGAUCUUGAACGAGGAGCCGGUCCAAAAAGGUUUUCUUAUAGUGAUCUAGUUACUGCGACUAAUAACUUCUCUAAAGACAGGAAGUUGGGAGAAGGAGGAUUCGGGUGUGUCUAUAAAGGCUACUUAUCACGUGAAGGUAUCGUAGUUGCUGUCAAGAAAAUUGCACAGGGUUCUCGACAAGGAAAGAAAGAGUACAUAACCGAAGUGAAGAUUAUUAGCAGUUUAAGACACCGAAACUUGGUGAGACUAAUUGGUUGGUGUCAUGAUCAAACUCAAUUCUUGCUUGUUUAUGAGUUUAUGCCAAAUGGCAGCCUUGACUCGCACCUCUUUGCUCAUAAAAGUCGCAUUGAGUGGGCUGUAAGGUACAAGAUUGCGACGGGCUUAGCUUCAGCAUUACUAUAUUUACACGAGGAAUGGGAACAAUGUGUGGUACAUCGGGAUAUCAAAACAAGCAACAUUAUGCUGGAUUCAGGUUUCAAUGCUAAGCUUGGAGACUUUGGAUUGGCCAGACUUAUGGACCAUGAGUUGGGUCCACAAACAACCGGUUUGGCUGGAACACUAGGCUACUUGGCUCCUGAGUGUCUAACAACAGGAAAGGCUAGCAAAGAGUCGGAUGUAUAUAGCUUUGGAGUUGUUGCUUUAGAAAUUGCUUGUGGGCGAAAGGCUAUGGAUAACGUUGACCCGAAAUCUGAUCUUGGGCUAGUCUUGUGGGUUUGGGAUUUACUAGGAAAAGGUGAGCUGCUUUUGGGUGUGGACCAGAAGCUGAACAAGGAAUUUGACGUGAAACAAGUGGAAUGUUUGAUGAUGGUUGGGUUAUGGUGUGCACAUCCUGACCGGAGCCUGAGACCAUCAAUCAGGCAAGCGAUUCAAGUGCUGAAGUUUGAGACAGCGGUCCCAAAUCUUCCAAUGAAGAUGCCGGUGCCUGUAUACUUUGCAACACAUGAUGAUCCGGAAGUCGGUUCAGGAGCCGCUUCGGUGACUUACGCUAGUAUUGAUCUGAUACGUUGA